AUGGAAACACCAAGGAGCUGGAAUAAUUCGGCUGAAGACUAUCCUAUGAAUGAUCUCAUUCAACAUCCAAAUAAUUCAACUAACACUGAUCAUAUUAGUGAUGUACAUCAAUCAAAUUAUGCUCAUGAUGUUGGUGAAAGCUUGCUAUCAGACCCUAGUGGCUACACUCCAACAAUACCCUAUGUGGCUGGCAUUGGCCAGGCGCGGUAUCAACAUUCACCAACCAGCCCAGCGAAUGGCGAGUAUUUUUUCGGGGAUCAACAUGAUCUUCCAAACGACGACCAAAACUCCUACACAAACCCCAACGGCUCCUUUGAUGCGCAAGAAAUUCCGUCAGCUAUUGGUGCUCGAGGAGCUAUCCGGCGCCGCGCUACUCGAAAGAUUAAACUGAUUCAAGGCGGCCAGGGAUCAGUCUUGAGCGCAAACUAUCCCGUACCAAGUGCAAUCAAGAACGCAGUGCAGCCCCAGUACAUAGAUGUGGAGAAUGGCACAAACGAGUUCUCGGAGAUGCGUUACACCGCGGUGACUUGUGAUCCUAACGAUUUCACCUUGAUGAAUGGUUAUACACUACGCCAGCACAUUUACAACCGGCACACCGAGCUUUUGAUCGCUAUCACCUACUAUAAUGAGGGUAAGAUACUAUUUGCUAGAACCUUGCAUGGUGUGAUGGAGAACAUUCGCGAUAUUGUGAACCUGAAGAAGUCCAGGUUUUGGACGCAGGGUUCAGCAGCAUGGGAGAAAAUUGUAGUGUGCCUAGUGUUCGAUGGUUUCGAAAAGGCGGAUCCUGGUGUGCUAGAUCUUCUUACAACUGUUGGAGUGUAUCAAGAUGGCGUGCGAAAGCAGGAUGUGGAUGGAAAGGAAACAACAGCCCACGUCUUCGAGUUCACGACACAGUUGUCUAUCACUCCCGACUUACAGCUCGCUCGUCCCAGUUCAAAUGCGGACGAUUCUGAUAACUUGCCCCCAGUGCAACUCCUAUUCUGUCUCAAACAAAAGAAUACCAAAAAGAUCAACUCGCAUCGUUGGUUAUUCAAUGCUUUUGGACGGAUUCUCAAUCCGGAAGUCGCUAUUUUGAUUGAUGCAGGAACGAAACCUGGACCUCGCUCUCUAUUAACCUUAUGGGGGGCAUUCUAUAAUGACAAGAACCUUAGUGGCGCAUGUGGUGAGAUCCACGCUAUGCUUGGGAAUCGAAACUCCAAUUUAUUAAAUCCGCUUGUGGCAGUACAGAAUUUCGAAUACAAGAUUUCAAAUGUUCUUGAUAAACCCCUUGAGAGCUCCUUCGGCUACGUCACUGUUCUCCCCGGUGCAUUUUCAGCAUAUCGCUUUCGAGCGAUCAUGGGCCGUCCCUUGGAGCAAUAUUUUCAUGGCGACCAUACAUUAUUAUCUGGCAAGAAAAGUAUCAACAACAUGAAUAUAUUCAAAAAGAAUACGUCUCUUGCAGAAGAUCGCAUUCUUUGUUUCGAGCUAGUAGUGAAAGAAGGACAGAAUUGGCACCUGUCUUAUGUCAAAGCGGCCAAGGGCGAGACAGACGUACCGGAAGGCCCUGCUGAGUUUCUUAGCCAACGCCGGCGUUGGCUGAAUGGAUCAUUUGCUGCCUCUUUAUACUCGCUCAUUCAUUUCGGUCGCAUGUACAAAUCCGGGCAUAGUCUGAUCCGGAUGAUAAUGUUUCAUUUCCAGUUGUUAUAUAACAUCGCCAAUGUUGUAUUUAGUUGGUUCUCCUUAUCAUCCUAUUGGCUUACUACUACUGUCAUCAUGGAUCUUGUCGGUACACCUGUAGCUGUAUCAGACUAUCACGGCUGGCCGUUUGGUGAUACCACGUCCCCCAUAUUCAACCACAUUAUUGAAUAUAUUUACCUUGCGUUUUUGAUCACACAAUUCAUUCUGGCCCUUGGAAAUCGGCCCAAGGGAUCGCAAGUAACCUAUCUUGUAUCGUUCGCAGUAUUUGCAUUCAUUCAGCUUUACGUCAUCAUUCUGUCAUUCUAUUUGGUUUAUCGGGCAUUACGGGCACCCAUUGGAGACCAGAUCAACACCUCUUCGGGCGCGGCAUUCUUUGAGAGCAUGUUUGGAGGAACAGGGAUCGCUGGCGUGAUUCUACUAGUCUUAAUAACCAUCUACAGCUUGAAUUAUCUUGCCUCGUUCCUCUACUUAGACCCCUGGCAUAUAUGUUUCACUCCUUCCCGCAAUAUAUUAUCCUCGCUUCGACAUAUAUUAAAUAUUUUGAUGGUAUAUGCUUUCAAUAACUGGCAUGAUGUUUCAUGGGGCACGAAGGGCUCAGAUCAAAGCGAAAAGCUCCCCUCGGCUAACGUGAUCAAAGACUUGAAGUCCGGUCACGAGAUUGUCGAGGAAGAGGAGAUGCAACAAACAGAUAUUGACCAGAAGUUUCAAGAGACCGUGCUAAGAACUCUGCUUCCUGUUGCAGUGGAAGUUAUUGUAGAAACGAAGGAAGUCGACGACACGUAUAAGUCGUUUAGGACCCGUCUAGUCGUGUGCUGGAUCCUGUCGAAUAUGUCGCUGGUCUGGAUCGUUACCUCUGAUGAUUUCGCAUUUCUUGGCGUCGGUGAAGCCUCUACGACCCGGACACCAGCCUACUUCCGAUUUCUUCUAUAUGCCACCGCUUUUUUGUCGAUUGUGAGAUUUCUAGGAUUUCUUUGGUUUCUCGGACGGACAAAUAUUAUGUACUGCUUUGCGAAGAGGUAA